AUGGAUCCCAAGUCGUGGUUCAAAGAUCUCACGCCCUACUUUGUCUACAUCCUCCUCGUGUCCACCAUUGGUCCCCUGCUGUUCGGUUUCCAUCUUGUAUGUAUCCUGNCAGAGUUCAAUGCCCCUCAAUCCGUCAUAACAUGCGAGAAGAAGUCCAUCUCGUCUACAGUCGCGCCAAAUCUGCCGCAAUGUAUCCCUAUGGACUCGACCCAGUUUGGCUUGGUAUCGUCCAUCUUCACCUUGGGAGGUCUUCUGGGUGCUCUUAGUGCAGGUCCUCUCUCAGCCCGCUAUGGCCGCUACAAGUCCAUGCUUUUCAGUACCAUUCCCUUCGUCGUCGGUCCAAUCUUCGAAGUCUUCGCUACCGACAUCCCACUCAUGGCCGUUGGACGAUUCAUCAGCGGUUUCGGCGCCGGUGCUUCUGUUGUUAUCGCACCCAUCUUUAUCUCAGAGGUCGCUCCGCCUAAAGAGAAGGGUUUCUUUGGUGCUUUUACGCAGAUCAUGAUCAAUAUGGGAAUCUUCAUUGCACAGCUGCUUGGUCUCUUCUUAAGCAAAGGCUCUCUGUGGCGAAUCAUCCUUGCCGUUGGUGGAGCCAUUGGUCUCGCCCAAGCCAUCGGGCUAUUCCUUGGUGGCCAAGAGAGUCCAAAGUGGCUUGCUGAUCAUGGCAAGGAAAGACAAGCAAAACGCGUCCUGCGCAAGCUAAGAGGCCACGAAGCCAACAUCGAUGACGAGGUCAAGGGCUGGGGAGUCGAGAGCUCGCAAGAUAUGGAAGAUGAGGAGGAUAGUCUUCUGUCAAAUCAAGACCGCAUGCCUGCAGGCGGUGUUGAACAGAGUGGCCCUUCCCNNCCUGACGCCUCGACAAGCAAAAAGACCAAAGAAGCUUUCGAAGCGCUUGGUGCGCUUGCCGUCCUCAAGAAUCCUGACUCUCGCCGUGCCGUGAUCGCAGUUGUUGUCAUUAUGAUUGGACAACAGCUUUGCGGUAUCAACUCGAUAGUCAUGUACGGUGUCUCUUUGCUUUCGGAUCUGCUCUCGGCGAAUGCUGCCUUGCUCAACGUCCUGGUUGCAGUCUUGAACAUUGUUGUGACCACAUCCUGUGCUCCAUUAACUGACAAGCUUGGUCGAAAGGUCUGUCUCCUUGCAAGCAUUUUCGGCAUGGGUGUCUCAUCCUUGCUCUUGGGCAUUGGAAUCAUGAAGCACAUCCCUAUCCUGUCGGCCAUCACAGUCUUGACGUUUGUUGCAUCCUUUGGUUUAGGUCUUGGACCCGUACCCUUUAUUCUCUCUUCAGAGCUUGUUGGACCUGACGCUGUCGGCUCAACUCAGAGUUGGGCUUUGGCAGCCAACUGGAUUGCCACUUUUGUGGUUGCCCAAUUCUUCCCCAUCGUCAACGAGAAGCUUGGUGGCGGUAAGGUUUAUUUCAUUUUUGCCGCUUUUGCUGCGUUCUUGGCUGCCUUCGUGUUCUGGGCAGUGCCUGAGACCAAGGGUAAGUCUGAUGCCGAUGAGGUUUGGGGUCGCAAGCCUGGCAGAGCUGUCGACUGA